UUAUUGUCAGGAAUGUGUAGUAGCACUCAAACUAAUUUACCGCACCGACUGUGCCACACUCCCGCAGGGCAUCAUCCUCUUGUUUGGGACGCGCGUACUGGAUUAUCUCCCGGUGGUUUGACACAGGCUCCUCUUGGCUCUAAAAACGAACCUUUUAUCAUGCGAUUUGUACUUGAUUAAAUCGUUUUUGUUGUGUUUUUUGACUUGGAAGAAGACUGUUUUUUCCAGCGCGACUUCAAUGCCAGAUUCAGCGAAAAUGAGCAAAAACGGAAUGGUGACCAAAAUCCACACGAGGAUAAGAAAUGACCCGUUCAUAUCCAAUUACGAGCUGGUCGGCAAAGAACUGGGCAGGGGAAAGUUUGCGGUGGUGAAGAAGUGCAUUGAGAAAGCGACCGGGAAGCAGUAUGCUGCCAAGUUCCUGCGAAAGCGACGGAAGGGCGAGGACUGCCGCACGGACAUCUUAAACGAGAUCGCCGUGCUGGAGUCGGCCAAGGCAAACCCCUAUGUGGUGGCACUGCAUGAGGUCUACGAAACCAACACCGAAAUCGUCCUCGUUCUGGAGUGCGCCGCCGGUGGCGAAAUCUUCAACCAGUGUGUUGCAGAUAACGACGAGGCCUUCACGGAGACAGAUGUGAUCCGACUGGCCAAGCAGAUCCUGAACGGCGUGGCCUUCCUGCACCGGAAUAAUGUCGUGCACCUGGAUCUGAAACCCCAGAACAUCUUGCUGACCAGUGCCAGACCGCUUGGGGACAUUCGUAUUGUGGACUUUGGCUUGUCCAGACGCAUGGACAAAAUCACAGAAGUCAGGGAGAUCCUGGGUACCCCGGAGUAUGUGGCACCAGAGAUCCUGAACUAUGAACCCAUUAGCACUGCGACAGACAUGUGGAGUAUCGGGGUCCUGACCUACGUCAUGCUGACGGGCGAGUCUCCAUUCCUGGGUGAAGAAAAGCAGGAGACAUUCCUCAACAUCUCCCAAGUCAACGUUGACUACUCGCAGGACACAUUUGAAGGGGUCUCCCCCCUGGCUGUUGACUUCAUCAAGGCCUUGUUGGUUAAAAAUCCCAGGAAGAGAGCCACAGCGGAAGACUGCCUCAACCACCCCUGGCUGAACUCGGUCGCCCAUCCCCAUCCCCACUCCCACCCGCUCCUCGACACCUGCUCGGCCUCUUCUUUGGACGACCCGGAGACGAGCCAGUCGGAGUCGGAGCCCGAGAGCCCGGCUCCGUCCCCCGAGCUGGACUUGAUCGGGUCGUACCUGGCGUGCCCGGGCCAGGGCGGGCUGAAGGCGGGCCGUGACGCCUUCUCCUUCAGCGAGCCCCCGUUCCCCACGCGGCCUGAAAUAAAGCAGGAGCUGAUCUGCUGAACGACAGGCGGACAGAGACUGAAUAAAACUCCACGGAGCAGAUGCUGGAAGCCAGUGCGCGCCCACAGCUUCUCGGCCUUGACGUGACUCGGGGCCGUGCUAUAUGGAUGCUGUAUGCCUGGCUGCUUCUACUGCUGUGAUGUCUGUGAGCUGGGCUGUGUGUUGUUUAAUACCUCUGCUUGUGUUUGAGUAAUACACGCUUCUCCGUGCUGGUUUAUGAUUGCUGGGAAGGAAUGUGAGAAGAAUGAAGAUGCAGGAAAAAAAAGAGUGGGAGAAGACACACAAGGACUUUGUCGCAGGACUGCACUGCUGCCUUAAAAGUGACAGCUUGAACACUGUGGCUAGUUCACCCCUGCAUGCACACUGGUUCCUCUUUUUUUAUUUUUUAACCCAAUUAGCCUUUUGAACUGGGUUCCAGAGGAGGGGCAGCCACAGGAAAUGACUUCACUCACUGUGUGCUCUCAUCAAAACAAGUUAUGCUUCAGCUGACCCAGACAUACCUUCUGUGAUGAGUUCUGUUGAAGGAAGCAAAAGGUUUUGACAGAUGGUUGUACUUAACAAAAGGAUUAAAGCAAAGGACAGCACCUACGCUGAAGCCAGAUUGUUCCACUGUUUUUAUGUUUAUUUAUGUGUUUUUCUUCACCCCCUUAAAUACUCAAAGCCACAUCAAUGAGUUUAACAUGGAAAUGGUAGCAUUCUUUUUUUUUUCCAAGGACAAUCUUAAGCACUUUUUAUUUUGUUAUUGGACUUCCAUGUUAUAGAGAGAAUCUUAAGGCUUUUCAAGCACAUCAGCUGUCACACAAUGUACUGUACAUAUUAACCAUUUCCCUACACCCACUGUUUUUGUCACCUUUUUUUUUGCCACAAAGUGCCACUUGUUCAACCUCACUUCUGCGUUAAUAUUAAAGUUUUAUUGUAUAAAGUUCAUUUUGUUGGCUAUUGCACAAGUUGCACAAGUUGUAUUUUUUUUUUACUUAACUGCAAGGUUGCCACAAGAUUUCAGGGUCUUCAAAUAUUGUGAAAACAUCAGUCUUGGAAAGAGGGGAUGGCAGGGGUUGAAAGCAACAGUUCAGUUCCGUUAUGAGAAUUGUAAUAGAUGACAUGGUCAACUGAAGUUUUGUAUAAAUAUUUGAUGUUUGCCUUCAAACGCUCGGGAGCAGAGAAAUUGGGAAGAAUUUCUCCAAAAAAAGUACUGAAAUGUAUAUUGUGAGUUAGUAUUAAGAUUAAUCUGUAAAAUAUUUGUUUUUGUUUUUUUAUGAAUGUUAACAUCAUUAUAUCAUGUCUUAUUUUGUACGUUAACUUUUACUUAUUCCUGUUUUCUGCUCAUGAAUUACAGGCAGGUUUGCACUUGUCCUUGUGGACGUCAUGUUUAAAUGAAUAAAUGUUGAUGGCAUGCAUUGCAAAAUGUAACGAAGAAAAAUACAGGUGCAUUUUGUAUCAAA